CCAGACAGUAAUAGAUGCUGUUGUCAAUCACCACAUCCCUGGUCCUACUGACACAAUGGCAGCUGCCUUACCAUGCUGUAUCUGGGGGAUACGCGUCCACUUGGGAACACUGCCAAUGUUCCUGGGUCGCAUGGAUGGCAUGGUCUGACUGCGAUAGCUCAUGUUUUGGGCGGAGACAACGGGAGAGGCAGGUGCAUAUAUACUUCAAUACUGGAUGUGUUGAAUUCAGUGACUGUGCAUCAAGUGAUCUUGCUUAUAGCUACUCUGGUUGUAACGAGGUAUGCCACAAUGGCGGCAGUAGUACCGGAAGUCGCUGUAACUGUGUGGCGGGUUUCUAUGGGAAUUGCUGUAACUACCAAAUCAACUGUGGUCACCCGGGGACUCUCGACAAUGGUCAGGUGACCGGAAGUUUGUACACGUACGGGGCCUCUGUGGGAUAUUCAUGUAAUACACAUUACACCCUGGUGGACGGUACCCAGACCAGGACAUGUCAGCUGACCGGGGUAUGGAGUGGAACAUUGCCAAGAUGUGCAUUUUCCAACACGUGCUCCAGUAAUCCGUGCGCUAAUGGUGGUACGUGUACUAAUGGUGUAGAGAUGUUUACCUGUAACUGUCUACCUGGCUGGAGUGGUUUAACCUGUGCUGAAGAUAUACAGCCUCCAGUAAUCACAGGAUGUGAUUUUGACAUCAGCGCCAAUGCCACUACCCCGCUUCAUUUUGUCAACUGGACUGCACCAACCUUCUCCGAUCCCAUGGGCAAUGAGAUCCACAGAUCCACAAAUUAUCCAUCUCCAGAAUACGAUUUUCCGUGGGGAGAUUUUGUGAUACAGUACACUGGAGUUAAGGCAGCAAAUGGGAUGACUGCAGAAUGUACAAUACAAGUUGACAUAAGGCCGACGCCAUGUGAGGACAUGCCUGUGCCUGAGAACGGUGUUGUUGUCUGUAACGGCUGGAGGACAGAUUUCGGUCGGUACUGUAGGGUUGUGUGUCACAUUGGCUACUCUCUACCCAUCUCCGUAAACCCUGACCAGUGGUACGUGUGUGGGGCGUCAGGUACCUGGGCACCUGGCAGCUGGUCUUCUCUCACCUGCAGAUCUUACGCGCUCACACAUUCGAAUGCAACCAGUGUAAGUAACUGUACCGACACGGAGUUCCUGACGUCUACAAAGAGUACCUUUAUCACCAAUCUAAACAAGUCCCCUUUUAAUGAAGUCUGUAAUGACUACAGCGACUUGUGUAACACGAACAACGUCAUGGUAAUGUGUUAAGUGUCAUAUAGUCAUGGUAUUUUGGCACCCGUGAGCACGGAUUCAUAGACAUGCUAGAUACCAGAGCAAGACUAAAAACUUUUGAACAUUGGACACUUUUGAAUUUGGUAUUUCACGAGUAUGGCAGAAUAUGAAAAUUGUUUCUGCUCUUAUCUGGAAAUAUGUGCAUACAAAUUUGUAAUACGUGCACUAUUGUAUUUACUUAGGUAUACUGAAUACUUAAGUAAAUACCACAUUGCACGUAGCAAAGGCGAAUUAUUCCAAUUUUGGCCUGCCUACAGUUUCAUAUGUAUUUUCUCUCCUAUGUGGGGAGUUUGUAUCUUAGGUGAUGUCUUUGAUGUGUUUGUUCCAUUUAAGAAAGUUUCUGUAUAAUAUUGAUUCAAAUUAUGUUUUUACUGGAGUCGACUUAUUGUAGUGUGUGGUUGUGGAGUUUAUGAGUGCUCUUAAAUUUUGUGCGUUUGUCUAAUAUGUAAACAAUGUUGCAUUUGUCAAGGUGGAAAUGCAUGAACAUAUAAAUGUAUCUUGCUUCUAUUUUUAUACAGAGUUUAACGCCUGUUGUAGUUUGUUUCAACACGUUCCAGACAAUAUAUCACUUCCUUUACAUGUUUGUAAUGCUAUUUUUAAUAGUUUCGAUAACGUACUAAAACAUUUACGGUGUGUAGUUAAUGAUUGAAAGAUUAACAUUUGAUCACUUUCAUAUCAUCCUAUUACCGUGUCAUCCUCGACAGCUAUCAGCCCUCGGGACUCCAGCUCCUUUAUUUUAUUUGGAGGUCUCGGGUUGAUAUGGAAGUAGGAUAUGAAAAUGGUCAAAUGAUAACAUCUUAAACCGAGCAGCUUUUCACGAUGUGUUAAGUGUACAUUUUUUUUUACUCUUCCCUUGUGUUGUCAAUGGUUUCACACAUAUUUUUGAUUGAUUAUGUCACUAUGAUUAUUUAAAGCGUAACUUUUCAUGACGUCAUGUAACUUACAUUUGCUAAUAACCACCAGUCCGGCCUGAAGACGCCAAAGAAAGAAGACAUGCCCAGCAGUCACUUUUCGUCUUUGUUAAAAGUAAAUAUGUAUACAAGUA